AUGUCUGCUGCAUACCUCAAAGAACAGCCUCCCGCCGAGGCGUCUUCUUCUUCAAGCCCGAAGAAGAAAGAGGGUACUGGAUUUAGCACAAUCGGUGCGACAAUGUCAUUACCGCUCAAUACACUAUCGUCGUUAUUAGCCAUGCAAGACGUGGAAGAUCAUAAACCUAAAUUAUCCAAAAUAUCAUGGUUACCAGAUUUAUUUGUAUUUAGAGCUUCCAUUCUGCCCAUUAUUCUAGGUCCAGUAUUCAGUGUCACUCUCUUCUCGGCUGGAGUAGCAGCUGCCAGCCUUUGGUGGGGUAAGGAAGUUGGGUUGACAAACAAUGUUGUACCUCUUUUAUCGGUAGUUGUAGGUUUGUUACUGGUCUUUAGGAAUUCAUCCGCCUAUGAGAGAUAUGCCGAGGGUCGAAGGGAUUUCACUUCUCUCAUCUCGAUAGCCCGUAACCUCUCUCGCAACAUAUGGGUAUCCGUCACUCUUCCUCCUUCAUCCAUCGACGUACCUAUGUCCAGGCCUCAAAUUACGAGAAGACAGCUUACUGCUGAAAAGAGGAAAGUGAUCAGGCUAGUCGUCGCUUUUGUGAUAGCUACUAAACAUCAUUUAAGGGAUGAAGGUGGAGUUCAUCAUGAAGAUUUAAAAGGACUAUUACCUGCUAAAUUAGCUGGAAAUGAUAUACGUCAAUUGAAAUCUGCUAUUUCUGAAGAUCGUUUAAGUGGUCACAAUUAUGGAGUAGGGGAUAUUACUAAUUCUCCUGGAACAAUUACGCCUUCUGCCUCAAUUAGUAAUAACGGAAAUGGAACUGAGAAUGGGAUCAACAAUGAUGAAGAAUCACUGGUUGGUUUGAUUGAUCGUACUGCCCCUCUCGCAACUUCACCUUCGACUUCGCCUUCUCUGGACACCUCGAAUCAUUUGUUUUCGGUUAGUAACACCGACCUCAACGAAAGAGGGACUGGAAGCGGGAUUCGACCGAGUCUGAAAGGGUCGUAUUCGAGCGGAUUGAAGAGACGUCCUACAGCUGUCAGAGUCCUAGUGCCUGAAGGAUAUACAGAUACACCCAAAUCCACAAGAAGUACAAUCAGAACAGCUGGCAGUGCAAGAUCAGAUGAACGGACUCCGUUGAUCAAAAAAGGUGUAAGACCUGAUCCCAUGACCACUGGGUUAAUGCAAAGAGCGGAGAUCGGUUUAGGUAGGAUGGUAGACGUGGGUUUACCUCUGAUCAUUGCACACGAGAUCAGUAGAUCAAUUUUUAAAUUCAGGAAAAUGGGAUGUUUGGAAGCUGUCGGACCUGCUGGAAUGAACGCACUUCAGGCUGCAGUAUCAGGAAUGACUGAUCAACUCGGAUCUAUGGAGAGGAUAGUCCAAACUCCCCUUCCAUAUAUAUUCUGCGUACAUCUCAAACAGGUGGUUUCCCUGUACUUGUUCAUCUUACCAUUCACAUUAGUGGAUGCGAUGGGAUGGAAAAUGGUUUUUAUCAUGGCUGCUAUCAGUAUGACAUUUAUGGGGAUUGAAGGUAUUGCAUCUAUGAUCGAACAGCCUUUUGGAACUGAUCCAUGUGAUUUGAACCUUGAUUUAUACUGUACCGAACUGCUGUGUGAAUGCGAAGCCAUACUUGAACGUCUGCCAGAAGGUGACGAUGACGAUUUCACCAGUUUCGAAAGGGAUCAUCGAGGUAAAUAUGAUUGGGGAGCUGAUGAUGGUGGAGGAGACGAGUAG